UCUGAGGCUUGUGUGACAUUACGUUAUAAUAAGACAGAUACUAAAUGUUUACAAAUCUUUCUUUCACUUUCAUUAUAUUAAUUCUCAGUAAGAAGAAUAUAAUAGUUUCUCGACGAUUGAAAGGAUUAACUGUAAGUUUAAUGCUCGAGAAGUCUUAAGAAGUGAGUAAUGGUCUUUCAUUUUCGUUCUUGUUUCUUACUCAACAGGAUUUAUUGAAAAGGAAAUGGAAGUACAGGAUGUAGGUAUGGAAGGAAUUAUUACCAAGAAAGAGCGCCCGAAGCUCUCCGUAACAGCAUUGUUAUAUGGCACAACGAGUAGUGGGGUUUCUACCCCAACCUGGCUUCAGUCUCCCCUUCCAGGUGGGUUGACUACUUCUUCACCAGUGGCUAAUGGCCUAGGGUCUGUGUCAAACAUAUCUGCAACCACAGCAGGAAUGAAUUCUAAUGUUACUAGUAGUCUGUCACAGCCAACUUUUUCUGGAAUUCUUGCUAGUAACUUUAUUUCACAAGCUGUCCAACAGCAGCAGCAACAAAACAGUUAUCCACCAAAUCAUCCAUUAAGUGGGUCCAAACAUCUUUGUUCCAUUUGUGGUGACAGAGCCUCCGGCAAACACUACGGAGUUUACAGUUGUGAAGGCUGCAAGGGUUUUUUUAAGAGAACAGUUCGCAAAGAUUUGACUUAUGCUUGUAGAGAAGAAAGAAACUGUAUUAUUGACAAACGUCAGAGAAAUCGUUGUCAGUACUGUCGUUACCAAAAAUGUCUGAUGAUGGGUAUGAAACGAGAAGCAGUACAAGAAGAGCGUCAUAGAACAAAAGAUAAAAAUGAGAAUGAAGUGGAAAGUACAUGUAAUUCUUCACACGACAUACCCAUAGAACGGAUCUUAGAAGCAGAGCUUUGCGUUGAACCCAAAAAUGAAGAAAUAGAUGUGAAUAAGGAGCCCUUAGCCAACAUCUGUAAAGCUGCAGACUGUCAAUUGCACCAACUAGUGGAAUGGGCAAAACACAUCCCUCAUUUUACAGAAUUACCUAUAGAGGAUCAAGUGCUUUUACUUAAAACAGGUUGGAAUGAGCUGCUGAUUGCAGCCUUUUCUCAUCGGUCUAUUUCAGUAAAAGAUGGAAUAGUCCUAGCGACAGGGUUGGUAGUACAGAGAAACAGUGCCCACAGUGCAGGAAUGGGAGCUAUCUUUGACAGAGUGCUCACAGAGUUGGUUGCUAAGAUGCGAGAAAUGAAAAUGGACAAAACUGAACUUGGCUGCUUACGGGCAGUUGUCUUAUUUAACCCAGAAAAACUAAUCAAGUUUCUAUUAGCCAAAUCAUCCUGUGAAAGUUUAAUUCUAGUAUAG